AUGUCCAGAGAGGAGCACAGCUUAUCGGAGGUUGAGCUCAGUCCCGGGAUGUCGGACGACAGCCGCUCCCUGUCUCCGGGUCAUUCCUCCGGUGCGACUGGCGGGGGGGACUCUCCUCUCCACGGGCAGCAGCAGCCGCAGCUGGCGGGUCUGGAUGACGUGUCGGCGGGCUGCUCGUCCGUCAGAUCCGAGGAUGAGGACGACCGCUUCCCCUCAGGAAUCCGUGAGGCGGUGAGCCAGGUGCUCAACUGCUACGACUGGACCCUCGUGCCCAUGCCGGUGCGCGUGAACACCGGCGGGAAGAGCAAGCCGCACGUGAAGAGGCCCAUGAACGCCUUCAUGGUGUGGGCGCAGGCGGCGCGGAGGAAACUGGCCGACCAGCACCCGCACCUGCACAACGCGGAGCUCAGCAAGACCCUGGGAAAGCUGUGGAGACUUCUCAAUGAGAGUGACAAGCGACCCUUCAUCGAGGAAGCAGAGAGGCUGAGGAAGCAGCACAAGAAGGACUAUCCCGAUUACAAAUACCAGCCACGACGCCGCAAGAAUGGAAAGCUUGGUUCCGGGUCAGGAAGUGAGGCCGACGGCCAUUCGGAGGGUGAGGUCAGCCACAGCCAAUCCCACUACAAGGGCCUCCACCUGGAUGUGGCCCACAGUGGGGGAGCCGGGUCGCCUCUGGCAGAUGGGCACCACCCUCAUGCUGCAGGUCAGAGCCAGAGUCCUCCCACACCUCCCACCACUCCCAAGACAGAGCCUCAGUCUGGGAAGGCAGGGGAUGGAAAGAGGGAGGGUGCUGGGAACGGGGGCUCACGUGGCACAAUGGGAGCAGAAGGAAGCUCAGGUGCCCCGGGAUCUGGGAAACCUCACAUCGACUUUGGUAAUGUGGACAUUGGUGAAAUGAGCCAUGAGGUGAUGGCCAACAUGGAGCCUUUUGAUGUCAAUGAGUUUGACCAGUAUCUUCCUCCCAAUGGGCACCCAGGGGUUGGGCAGAGUGCUGGGGGAGGAGCAGUGGCAACAGCUUCUCCGGCCUCGCCGUACACCUACGGCAUCUCCUCAGCUCUGGCAGCGGCCAGUGGACACUCAGCGGCCUGGCUCUCCAAGCAGCAGCAGCCGCAGCAACAUCACAGCUCCCCUCUGGGCUCAGACCCAUCCAAGGCCCAGAUCAAGAGUGAGGCCGGAGGUGCUGGGGGUCACUUUGCAGAGGCAGUCUCAGCAGGUUCCCAUGUCACAUACACGCCCCUCAGCCUUCCUCACUACAGUUCUGCCUUCCCCUCACUGGCCUCCAGGGCUCAGUUUGCUGAAUAUGCUGACCACCAGGCCUCAGGGUCAUACUAUGCCCACUCCAGCCAGGCCUCAGGGUUGUAUUCAGCCUUCUCUUACAUGGGGCCCUCCCAGAGGCCCCUGUACACGCCCAUCACCGACCCAGCGAGUGUACCGCAGUCGCACAGCCCCACACACUGGGAACAGCCUGUCUACACAACACUGUCGCGGCCAUGACAGACAACGAGACCAGAGGGCACUGGUGCAGGUUCAGCCCCCAUGUCUGACCCAAGGAGCAGCAGCAGCAACAACAGCAGUACUGGUGGUAUUGGAGGUCAAAGUGGUCUGGGCUGGGGGGAGUGGGCAAGCACCAGGGAAGGAGGCUGGGGAGGCAGGAGGGGAGAAACCCCAAUCUGACCUUUCCCAGAUGCAGAAAUGCUUUCGCAGCCUAGGGAUGAGCUUGCAGCGUGGUGUUUUCGAAGUGUGGUUGAUUAUUUGGGGCGCACAGUGUAGUAGUCAGAGGGUGUGUUACUUUGAUGGUGCAAAGAAAAAACACUCACCCACCACCGCAGAGUUCCAGGUUAGAUUCACAGCGGCAAAGCCUCUGGCAGUUCAAACAACACGAUUAGCAGUGUUCAUAGGUGGUAAAGGAUCAUGUCCCCAUUUGUUUGGUGACUCCCUGUGUAUCAGAGACACACUGUAGUCUAUACUCCAAAGGCCAACAGAAGCAUCAGCAACAACAGGGACCAUGGCAAACAUUGAGAAUUAACAACAUCUAAAUCUGGAAUAUAUAACUGCAACAUCAGAACCCUGACUUGUGUAAUGAAGAGUGCGACUCAGACGGAGCCAGAUUCAUUCUAUAUGAAAUGUUUUUUUUGUACCAGAGGAAUGGAGUGCCAAAUAAUUUGGCUGUGACCCAUUUAUUUCUCAGGCAAGAUUGACCUUUUAUCAAACAGAUGUUAGUUUUGUAUUGCUUUUGGAAAUCAAUACAACAAAUACUGAUAAUAUUCUGUUGGUUUCUGAGGCACAUUUGUCCCUAUUUACAGUCAAGGCUUUAGAUAUUUGGACAGUUACACAUUUUUCGUUCUUUAGGAUCUGUGCUUCAGCAAAUUCAAUUUGAAAUAAAAUAAUGGAUACUGCAUUAAAGUGCCGAGUGUCAGCUUUAACUUGAGUGGGUUUACAUCAAUAUAGAAAAAACUGUGUUGGAGAUAUAGCCCUUUAAACACAUAGUGCCCAAAUUUUAGGGGUUCAAAAGUAUUUGGACACGUGGUUACUAAAUGUUUCUUGGGCAGUUGUGUGUCAUUUCAAUGUUGGUACAUGCACAAAAAGAAAGGCUCACAUGUGGAUUAGAGUUGACUGAGAGUUAUGAGUUGCCAUCUAUAUUGAGGUGGAGUUGUCUGUCAAUUAAGAGGAGUGGAGGAGUGACCACGAAGUCAAAAAGAUAAUAAUGAGGCCCUCUCUAUCUGCAGAUAUCAAAGGUAGUCGGUUUGCCAAAAUCAACAGUUGAGUACACUCUAAAAAAAGCAGGCUCACUCAGGAAAAAUAGA